AUGGCCUCUGCUCCCGUAGGGAUUUUCUCGUCACUGCCCGGGGUAGAAAAGGAUGAGGUCUUUGACCUCCUGGGCCAAUUCCGAGUGGAUGUACAUCCUCAGCGAGUGAACCUCGGUGCCGGGGUCUACUUCUCUGACGAGGGCAAAUCAUGGCCCCUGGAGGUGGUGGGAAAGGUUGAGAAGGCUCUGCACGAGCAGCAGGCCAUCACCCGCCACGACUAUAUCCCCAUCGAGGGCGACGACCAGUUCCUCAAUGCCGCCCGCGAUCUGCUCUUCUCCUCCACCUUCCCCAACCCAUCGGGGAGGCAGGCCUCGGACCCUCGCGUGGUCAGUGUGCAGACCGUCUCGGGAACCGGUGCCAACCACGUCGCCGCCAGAUUCCUCGCCAACCACGUCCAUCCUCGCUGUGUCUGGGUGUCCGAUCCAACUUGGGCCAACCACCAUGUCAUCUGGGAGUCCACCGGCAUCACUCCUCGCACAUACCCUUACUACAACAACGAGGAUUGCACUCUCAACUUCACAGCCAUGAUCGACGUGCUGGAGAAGGAGUCCCAGCCCGGCGACGCCAUCCUUCUGCACGCCUGUGCCCACAACCCAACCGGUCUGGAUCCCACCCAAGAGCAAUGGGUCGCCAUUGCCGAGCUCUGCUCCCGGAAACAGCUCUUCCCCGUCCUCGACAACGCCUACCAGGGCUUCGCAUCAGGAGACCCAGUCCAGGAUUCGUGGGCCAUCCGCCACUUCUACAACCACCAACCACCCAUGGAGAUGUGCGUCGCCCAAUCCUUCUCCAAGAGUUUCGGUCUCUACGGACAGAGAGCAGGGGCCUUCCACUUGAUUAUCAACGACACGUCAGAAAGCACCAGGGGCAAGGCCCUCGGAAACCUGGCCCAGCUCAUCCGUAGCGAAUACUCCGUCGCUCCCAGGUACGGAUCGACCAUUGUCAAGACCAUCCUGGAGAGCGAGAGUCUCUCUAGAGAGUGGUUGGCCGAACUGCAGUUGAUGAGCAGCCGCAUCCGAUCUAUGCGGCAGGCUCUGUAUGAUGAGCUGACCCGUCUUGGUACCCCUGGUUCGUGGAAGCACAUCACUGAGCAGAUCGGAAUGUUUUCUUACACCGGCUUAAGUGCCGCCGAGGUCGAGGUUCUUCGCAAGGAAUACCACAUCUACCUGCUGUCUUCCGGACGAGCUUCGAUUGCUGGCUUGAAUUCGAAGAAUGUCGAAUACGUCGCCGCCGCAAUCAGCUCGGUGCGGAACAGAUCACUCCUCUGA